AUGAAUUCAAUCACUAUUGCUCUUUAUUGUUUGAUUUUUCUUGUUGUACAACAAGGAAUCGAUGCUAUAAAUUGUUAUGCUUGUACUAUGGGUACGGAUGGAUGUGGUCCAUCAUUUAAUACAAAAGGUAGUGGAGUCAUAACAACAACGUCUAAUACAAGUGCUGUUUAUUGUUCGAAAAGCGUAGUUACUAGCAACACUAAUGCUAUAUCACGUAGCUUUGGUCUUGGAGGAACCUUUGUACAACAAGGAAUCGAUGCUAUCGAUUGUUAUUCUUGUAAUGUGGGGACGGAUGGAUGUGGCCCAUCAUUUGAUGCAUCUGGUAGUGGAGUAACACACACAUCUGAUUCAAGUGCUGCGUAUUGUUCGGUACGUAUGUCUUUGAGUUUCCUAUAA